UCCACAAUCGAUUCUCAGGUUAACAGGAGCUGCAGUGAGGAAACGUCUGGCCCACAUCUGCAGUGUGAGGUUUUAAGAGGGGAAGGAGAGCUGCGAGACAUGGACUGUGGAAUCCACUGAAACUAUUCAGCUUCGUUCAGUCUGCUCAUUUGGUUUGCAGGGUGCCGAUGUUUGCUGCCGGUUCAGAGAUACACUGAAUAAACUCUCUCGACAGCACGUGAAAACGGCAAACCUUGGACUUAACAAUACCUGUCUCUGACUUCUCCAUCUGCACUCAUGUACAGCAGCGGCUACUCCCAGGUGAACAAGUUCACCCCAAGGGCCCAGAAGAAGAUGAAGUACCACUCAAAGGGCAAGAGUUGUGGCUACUACAUGCGGAUUGUCUUCUUCUUCUCUUCGCUCAUCCAGUCUCUUAUCAUAGUCAGCCUCGUGCUCUUUCUGAUCUAUGGCAAGACGCAGGACUCCGCGUCCGUCACGCGUGUCCAGGACCUGGAGGAGAGGUUCAGCCGGGUAUCUUUAGAGAAUGUGGCCCUCAGGGAGCAGAGGAAGAACCUGACCAACCUCCUCAACACCACACUGGUGGAAAAGGCUCGCAACGACUGGGACCUGAACCAGCUGCGCCACCUCAGCAACGUGUCACUUGUCAUGAUCCAAGAUUUUCAGAGGACGCUGAUACAGUGCAAAAACGACGUGAUGAGUUGUAAGUUCAGAUUUGAUGGUCCACAAGUAGCACAAGCAUUUUCACCUGGCGGCUGUCCCUGCAACUGUGGGUAUCUUGAGCGAGAGAAUGCCAAGUUAGAGCUUCUGAGGUCCAACUUCACCCAGACUACAAAGCUGAUGAGGAUGGAAAUGGAUCAGAUCCUGAAAGAGAGAGACAACUGUAGCUUAGGGUCCAUCCAUCUGAGGAGGGACAAAUCCAUACUGCAAAUGGAGUUACAGAGCUAUAAGAACGAAGCAAAACAAGAUUUUCAACACUCCCUGACGACUGUUACCAACGUCUCUAGAGCUUUCCUUGAGAAGAUCGAUUCUCUUUUCCCAAGACACCUCGCCUUCCAGCUCACUUGUGCAAAGCAGAGAGAGCAUCUGGAUCAGAUACGCACCAACUGCACCAACCUGUCCCGAGAAGUGGAGGACAAGCUCCAGCGCUACCUGAACAUUGUUGGGGACCAGGUGUCAAGCAUCCAAGCUGAAAACAACCACUUGAAGGCAGAAAACUCGCUGCUGUCUCUGGACUAUCGCCAGUGCAGCCAGAACCGAAUGAGCCUCAUCAGGGACUACAAGCAGAACAGAGAAGAGCUUCAGAAGAAACACGAUCAAGAAAAAGAGAAACUCUUCAUGGACAAGCUAAAGCUGGACGCGGAUAUAGAUGUCCUGACUAAAACUGUCAAAUAUAAGAGUAAAGAGGUCGAUCACCUUGCAGAGCGACUCAAGCAGCUCAACAUGUCAUGCACGCUAAAGGGAUUUGGAGGUCAAGGCCAGGGCCUGCGACCAAACACACAGUAUCAACCUGGGGGGGGCGGAUUCGGUGGUGGACUCAAUUACAAUCCGCUAGGAAGGCCAAACUCAGGUGGGUUAGGUCCAAACUUUGGUACUGGCUCAGCAUUCAAUAAGCCUGCAGCUGGAUUCGGUGCUUCAUCAUACCUGCCAUCUGGGUCAAGUUCAAGCCAAAGCAACACUGGAUACGGACUCAACAAGCCAGGGUCAACUGGAACGGGCUCUUCGAGUUCAUAUCUGCCAUCUGGGUCAAGUUCAAGCCAAAGCAACACUGGAUAUGGCCUCAACAAGCCAGGGUUAACUGGAACUGGCUCUUCGAGUUCAUACCUGCCAUCUGGGUCAAGUUCAAGCCAAAGCAACACUGGAUAUGGAGUCAACAAGCCGUCAACUGGAACAGGCUCUUCGAGUUCAUACCUGCCAUCUGGGUCAAGUUCAAGCCAAAGCAACACUGGAUAUGGAGUCAACAAGCCGUCAACUGGAACAGGCUCUUCUAGUUCAUAUCUGCCAUCUGGGUCAAGCUCGAGCCAAAGUAACACUGGAUAUGGAGUCAACAAGCCGUCAACUGGAACAGGCUCUUCAAGUUCAUACCUGCCAUCUGGGUCAAGUUCAAGCCAAAGCAACACUGGAUAUGGAGUCAACAAGCCAGGAUCAACUGGGGGAGUUGGGUCAAGUUCAGGUUCGUCCAAGCCAGGGUUGCUUGGGAGGGGUUCUACAGCUGGGUCAAGUUCUUCAAGUGGGUCCACAAGCAAAAGUGGGUCGCCCAGCUCUGGAUACAAUUUCUUUGGGGUUGGGAGCAGCAAAUCAGAUCCAAGCAAGACGGUGCCACAGAAACCAUCAAGUGGAAGCACUUAUGGUGGGACUGGAUCAUCUCUUGGAGGAGGAAGGACAAGUGGGGUGGCAGCUGCCUCGGGCAGCAUCAGCCAACACAUUAGAGAUCUGCAACGCAUAAUCAACCCCUCCAGCCCACAGGAGAAACAAGAGCUUUCCAGAAUGCUGGGUUAAUCCAACCUUAGGAGGAAAGAAGAGAGAGAAAAAACUUUUCAUAUUGAAUCUUCUACAACAAUGCAAGACCUUAUUUAGAAAGCUGAAUGCAAGUCUCUCAUAUUGAGCUCAUAUACUCUAUAUCAAUAAAUGUAUUGUAUUAUAUGCUGUCAAUAUAACAACUGAUUCUCCAAUAGGCAUAUAUAAAAGUACUUUCACUGACUUUUACAAUGUUGAAUUCAGAGUGAACUUUGCUGCUUGAAUAAUGUAGAAUUAAUGAUGAACAUGCAAACCUGAAUUAAUAUCAUAUUUACAAUAAAAAAAUAAAAAACUUUGUAUAUAUAAA